AUGAAUUUUCUGAUCGCGCUCCACUGUAUUACGGUUAUUGCUGUGUGCCAAUUAUUUGGGAAACACAUAACAAACGCUGGGAUGUGUUGGCUCCAGCAGAGUCAGGAUUCAAGGUGCGACAUGGUUCUGAUGAGGGGCGUGACCAGAGAGGAAUGCUGUGCUGGUGACAGACUAGACACGGCCUGGUCCAACACCAGUCUGCCCAUAAACGAGGUCAGCCUCCUCGGCUUCCUGGGCAUAGUGUCCUGCAAACCCUGCAAAGAAUCAUGUGAGGGAGUGAAGUGCGGUCCGGGAAAGGUGUGCACAAUGAAGGCGGGACGUCCUCAGUGCGUGUGUUCCCCCGACUGUUCCAACAUCUCCAGGAAGCACGCCGUGUGUGGAAGCGACGGUAAUACCUACCGAGAUGAAUGCGCUCUGUUGGUGGCCAGGUGCCGGGGUCACCCUGAUCUGGAGAUCAUGUACCAGGGCGAGUGCAAAAAGUCGUGCUCCAACGUGGUCUGCCCUGGGACUCACACCUGCGUGACGGACCAGACCAACAGCGCCCACUGCGUCAUGUGUCGGACUGCCCUCUGCCCCAUGCCCCUGGCCCACGAGCCGCCCAUCUGCGGCAACGACAACAUCACCUACCCCACCGCCUGUCACCUGCGCAGGGCGACCUGCUUCCUGGGCCGCUCAAUAGGCGUCCGUCACUACGGCCACUGUACAAAUUCUGUUUUCUAUGGCAUAUGUUUAUCGAAUUUUUCCCUGUUGGUGUACGGACGUCUGUGA